GUAUCUCCCAACCCUCUCCUUACUUUACUCCAUUAUCCAUUAGCCCCUGCUUCGAAAUGGUUUAACUACCUAAUCUUUUUAUUCUACAACUACCAUGUAGGAUUCUCUCAUUGUUCCGAUGUCACUCGUUGCGCAACAACAUAUUGACAAUAGUUUUAUAUCCUACCUAUAAACAACCUGCCUAUAAAUGAACCCCUUUUCAUCGAACCUCCAAUCUAGGCGGUCUCCUCCUAUCAACGGGCCUCAUGAACGGAUCAGGGGCCCUUAAUCGGAGCCGAUUGCCGCCGAAUCCAUCGGGAAAUCACGAUGAUGCUUCUUAUAACGCCGCCUUAAAAGGUGCUUCACUCGCCUUUCAAAAGUCCGCACCGAGACAAUUACCUACGACCACUCCUUCUCGAAAUGUCGAUAACCGAGCUCUUAUCGCAGCCACCUCAGCUUCGCGAGAUCAUUCCCGAGCAGCUAGCCGACAGAACACGGGUAACAACAGCAUCCACGGUGCAAACAGUAGUCUUGAACAUGAGCAACGGACAAGAAGCCAGCCUCCGACACAGCAUUUACAGCCACCUUUGAACCGCAACUAUGGUAGCUCCUCUUCCUUGGGGUUUGCGAGCAAGCAAACUACGCCAGACCCCCGUUCUCCAUCCUUCAUAGCUGCAACCUUGGCCGCCAGCAGAUGUACUAGUCCCGUCCAUCAUAAUCAGACAGCUCAGUCACAUCCGCACGCCCAGCAGCCAGUUAGAAAACAGCCGAAAUAUAGCUCCGAUGCCAACAGUGCUACCAGUUCAGUGACGAGCCUCGACUUGGCAACAGAUAUGACCUCAAUCCCUCCUACGAACGCUCUUAUAUCGAUGUUUGAGAAGAAGAGAGAUGAUACAGAUCCUGUUAAGAAAGACGUAGAGGUGCCGGAGAGUUCGAAGUCGCUUAGGACAGAAUCUGUGACUCGACCUCUGACCCCUCCAAGGACCUCGAGCUCUAUUCCUAAGAAUGACCUAUCCCCAUCAAAACUAGCGAGCAAUAUAGCGUGGCAAAGAACACCAUCUCCUUCGGUUUCAGUUAUGGGGCCAGCCCAGGAGGGACAUCGCCUGGUUCAAAAUACGGCUAUCGAAGCUAAGGCACGCCCUCCUACUCCUCCACCAGCAAGGACGAAGAACAAACCCCAUACGCCUUCGCAACCUAGAGCUCUAGAGUCAAGUGGUAAACCACGCGCUUCUACACCACCAAUAUCUAUUGGAAGUGCGGAUACCGUUAUUCUAUCGCCUCGGCCAAAGCGAUCUACUUCCCAAAAGAUUCUAUUAAACGACAUACAGGCACAAGAUACGGUGCAGCCGGACCAAACAUCUAGGCCAAGACCGCAAUAUCCGGCUCCGUCGCAUGAAACUACCGUGCCAUCCCUCCGGGAAGAUGAUCUUCGUCGGAGUUCGAUUUCAUCUAAUGACACCUUUGUCUCUGCGUCAUCAAUCCCAACACUCCACCCUAGUUCCCCAGAUAGAAGCAGAUCUCGACCAUCAACCCCUAACACGACACGACAACGGCGGCCUCCAUCAACACGGGCUAUAUCUACAGAGAUUACUUCCACUGGUCGUCCGCCAGUUCCCCCUCGGCGACAGCCGCACAUGAGCUCUCCUAACCUACCCCUAGAUUCACUUACCGAUGCCAUCGUAGCGGGCGCUCUCGCAUCGUCCCGCAUAACGCCAUCAAAGACCCCGCCGUCGAAGCCGCCGUCCCGUAAGCAGACACCGCAUAUGCGCCAGACGCUGCGCCAUCCGCCUAGCAAAUCGGACGACGAAGAGGUGACUCGCUCGCGCCACCACAAACCUCUCGGGAAACUAGGCGGCAAUAAGCACAUUCACCACGAAGGUGAGCGUCGCCGCUGGCGCGAAGAAAUUACACUGCGCGAGCGCAAGCGAUACGAGGGCGUGUGGGCGAGUAAUCGGGGCUUACUACUCGUUUCGCCAGACGCGAGGGACUCCCUAUCCGUUCCUACCUCUGCUCCUAACGAAAUAGAAAAAGAAAGGGAAAGGGAAAGAGAACUGGAGCAAGCCGUAGCCAAUGUAGUGGUGCGCGAUAUCUGGGCACGCAGCCGGCUACCGCCGGACGAGCUGGCGGAGGUGUGGGACCUAGUGGAUAGACGUGGACGUGGAUAUCUAGACCGCACGGAGUUCGUAGUUGGGAUGUGGCUUAUUGACCAGAGGCUCCGCGGACGCAAAAUCCCGCGCAAGGUCUCGGAAAGUGUUUGGGGAAGCGCUAGGGGUGUGAGGGUUGCGGCGCCAAAGGGGGGUAAGUAAGCUUUUUGCUUACACUUCUACUGGUAGUGGUAAUGGUGGUUGAUAGUGCUAUUACAUCGAGCAGUCGUGCUUUUCGGCGAGGCAAGUAAAUAAAUAGAUGGGAACGUGAGAAGGCGGGCAGGUUGUGUAUAAACUGGAGAUUGGAUAAGCGCAUGGGAUAGGAGAGUAUUGAUACCCCCGUAUAAGUUUAGAAUAGAGUUAUUGAUAGUGGUACUGGUUGCCCAUAUAUUAGUAGUAUUUAUAAUGACCUAACCUACUUAUCUUCGUUUGA